CCUAAUUAUAAUUAGCUUGUGUUCUUAAAGGUGAUAAUAAUAUGAGACCUUUUAGGGUUCUUGAGUGUUAGGGCUCAUGGUCAUGGACAUCAUCACGCAACUCCAGGACCAGGUGAACAAGAUCGCCUUCCUCGCCUUCAACAGCGUCGGAUCCUUGCAGCGCGAUGCAGCGCCGGUCCGCCUCUCGCAAAACUACCCGGAUCCACAGGCACUAGCUCCUGGCGCGCCUCCUCUGCCCGGCCAGCAGCAGCAGCAGCAGCAGCAAGCACAGCAAUCACAGCAGCCACAACAGCAGCAAGAACAAGCCCCGGAAAUGGCAUCGACUCUCGUCCAGGCCGCAAAACAGUUUGAUGCGCUUGUGGCUGCCUUGCCAAUAGCCGAAGGUGGUGAAGAGGCACAGCUCAAGCGAAUUGCGGAGCUCCAGGCAGAAAAUGAGGAGAUUGGGAAAGAGCUACAGCUGGAGCUGGAUCUUGCAGAAGAAGAGCUCAAACUAAUGAGGGAGCUCUUCCACACAGCUGCGGAUGACUGCCUUCGUUUCAAGCAGUUACAAUGACAAAAGCUUUCGAGGAGGAACAUCGCUCUUUGCAGCUCCAUUCUGUUCCUGGCAGUUUGAUCUCGAGCUCUCGCUCUCGCGGCCUGGAGCCCGAUUCUCCUCCUCCUGGCUUUUUGAGCUAGCGGCUCCAC